GCAGUAUGAAGGGUCUCUUGAAAUUUCCUAAAAUAAACACAUGUCAGCUCAGCCGUCUGCAGCUCAGAUUAAACACAUCAUGCAAGGCAGCAGCUAGAGGGAGAUAGCGGGCUUUGUUUCAAGUAGGAAAACUUACGCACACCAGCAUCAAUUUCUAGAGGUAAAUUCAUGUGUUGCUUUUCAGGCAAAGUGAAAAGAUGCCAGAAAAAAGGAUGAACAAGACGUCUUUAUUGCUGAAUUUGCUGUUUGCCAGCUAGAGACGAGAGCUCUAAAAAAAGAGAAGAAUUAAGAGUCCUGAUGGAUUUGUUGAAUGAUGACCAAACAUCGCUGGCAGGAAGUCAAACAGAAGAUUUGCUGACUGUUACUGAGCUCCUGGACUCAAGCAAACCCUUUCUAAACACAGACCCUGACGGUUUGAGGUGUUUGCUGCAGGGUGACAGACCCUCACUGGGUUUUUCAUCAGAGGAUGAAAUCAAGGACUCACCAGAACCUGAAAGAGAAGCUUUACCUUUCCUUCCUCAGCACUGUCACAAGUUUCUUCCAACCCAGUCCGUCCCCACAGAUGUGAAACAAGAAUCAUGUUUCCUUCUAGUGAAUGAUGCUGGAUCACCUGAAUCUUCUGGAGAUGUGGCGUCUGAGGAUCUAACAAAGCCUUUUCCCACCAAACACACUUCUGUCACGGGUUCAUUACGUACUCAGUCUGAUACUUCAGACAUUGAUACAAUUGUAGGACCUGUGGCAGACCUUUAUAUACACGAAGGAGACACACAUGACUUUAUCCUCAGUAGGACUGAUGGUCCCAGGGAGACUGCGUGUCCUGAAUACCAGCCAGGAGCAGACUCUUAUCCACAUGUCCUGAUGUGUGAUCCAGAAGUAACACAAUGUCAUCUUGGCUUUGGAGAGGCACAAGUUUUACAGAACGUGUCACAGAUGAGUGAACACCAAGAGUUACAACCACCUGCUGCAGAUGCCACAUCACUUAUCGACUUGAUGUCGGUAAGUGAUGUGAGAUUGGACGAUGAUGUAAGCUCCAGCCCAGUGGAGCUGUGGGUGGAUGCAUGCCAGUGCCUGAUGGGGGAGGACAAAGAAGAACAGGUGGUUUUGGAUGCUGCAGAUUGUUCGAUGAUGCAAGGACAUCAAGAGUCAGGUUACAACCUGGAUGAAAGCAAGGAGCUUGGCUGCUCCAGUGAUGUCAUUAGAGAUAGGGGGCCGCCGGUAGAAAGAUGGUCAUCAGUGGACAGCUGGGCAAGCGCUCUCUCACACUGGACUGGGAUCAUUGAGGAUCCAUCAGAAGAUAUCGCAGCCGCCUUUGCAGAGAUCGGAGCUGAGAUUGACGCUUUGACUCAAUCUCUAGAUGAGUUGACUGCUAAAACGGAGCUAGAAGAGGAUCUAAAGACAACGGUCCAGGAGAUUAUGGGAGUCCAGGAUCAGCCUCUAAAGACCAAAACAGUCCCAGAGAGCUCCAGCCAUUCAGACCAGUGCUGUCUUUUUUUGUGUCCUGGAGCUGCCGGGCCUGGACUUUUGAGUGUUGGACGCUCCAGGGCAAUUGAAUCAGUGUACGAUACCACUAAAGUAGACCAGAAGCUCCCACCUAUGGGUUCACUUGGGGUGGCAGUAGUCUCCUCUGGAGGACACACCGAAGAUGUUUCUCUGAUACGUGCUUCUUUUUAUGAUGGAGACUUGGAGACAUUUGAAGAAGAUGUCUGCAUAAACAAAGAAGACUAUCCAGUCACACUCAAGAUAACAGAGGACAUGGACUUGAUCCCUCAGACCAAGCUCUUUGAUGAAGAGACGUUCGGAGAUGGAGUGUGUCCACUGACACAUGAUUCAUCCCAGCAGAGAUCAGACGAGUCUCCUACAGGCCUCCUCGGUGCAUCAGACUCAGACCUGCACACAAAUGAGUCGUUUCAAAAUUUCCCAGACCUUCUUGAGGAACGUCAGCUGGCAAGUCCUGACUCUAUUAUGUGUUUAGCUCCUCUCGGCAUCGACUCUUCUGGCGUCUGUCAGACAAACAGCUGUUUGAAAGGUGAUCAGUCUCAAAACACCAGUGAUCAUGUACAACACCGCCCUCCCCACCCAGCUUCGGAUGGAAUUACUGACCAACCAUUUCUGGAAAGUGAAGAGGAGCUCAUUCAGAAAAAGCAGAAGACAAUAAACACAGGAGAGGAAUCUUCCCCCGAUGGACUGAAGGAGCAGAACUCGGAAAAAAGCUGUUUCCUUGUGGAUUUGAGUGGAGAUCUAGCAAACUACCCUCCCUUCUCGACAGAUUUUAUUGUCGUCUCGGAGACGGACCCUGUUGCAUACAUCACUUUAGGUUUAAAUGAUCCAUUCAUACCCUGGGCAGCCAAACCGUUCUUCACAGAAUCUGAGGAGCUCAAAAUGCCUCACAAGACUACCAAGAAUCCUGCUGAGAGCAAAACGCGCUCCAAAAAGGAUAAACCAGGUCAUCAUCAUAUUACGCAGCCUAAAAAACAAGAUUCUCAUCAUGUUUGUAUCCAAGAAUCCUGUAAACAGCAAGAAAGCCAUCCCCCAACCGGAGAACAUCGCAUCAGUGAGCUCCACGAGGCAGGGGCUGAGGUCAAGGAGGAUAAACCGGUGAAUGAGACUGGUGUGGAGGUGACUGAGAAGGGGCUGAGCAAGCCACAUGGCAAGAAGAAAAAGAAACAUGUUGCAACAGUUAAGAUUGAAGAUGAGACACCAGCUGACCUGGGGGGCGGGGCCAAGCCCAAAUCCACAAAAGGAAGGGUGGAUAUGUUUGAGGCCAAGCUCGGGACUAAAACUGGGACAGCUCAGCCAGUUGCUGCUCAGAAAAAGUCCAAGCAACCAGAUGAUAAAAUUCCUCAAGGUGAAAAAGCUCACACAGAUCAUAAAGACCACUCAGCUAAAACUUUUACCGCCUCUGCAAAUGACGACUCCGUCAAAAGGCGGCGCAUGUCGGGGGAUAAAUGUGGAAAAAUCGUGUGUUCUUUGGAGUCCAAACUGCCAAAAACAGGUGGUUUAAUAAAAACAAAAGAAGAGUCCCAGGGAAGUGCAGCUAGAAAGAAGGCUUACAGUGAAGUGGUUAAAGAGAAAAUCCCACCUAAGGAAGAGCCACAGGUGGUCCAGGUGAUCCAGGCAGUGCCGGUGAGCGAGGACCCUCAGAGUCUGAGACUCUGCUGUCAGUUUGCUGCUGUCCACUCAGACUGCACCGUGACCUGGAGCAAAGAGGGGCUGGCCCUCAUUCAGAUCAAGAGAAGUGCAGGGGAUGACAGCAGGGUGUCGCUGACCAUCACCAACGCGUCCCACAAGGACCUGGGCAGGUACGAGUGUCAGCUCAGCUGCUCCCAAGGUUCCGCCUCCCUGGGCUACCUGCUCACAUAUGAAGUUCUCAGUGAGAUCGUCAUUCCUGCAUCUCCAAGAUCCAUUACAUCUCCAUCUGUUGAGGUAAGCCGUGAAGAAGAGGACGCCCACUAUUCAAAGCUCCACUUCAAAGAAGAUUUUCUAUCAGAUCAAUACUUUGGAGAGAACCUUCCCAUCAGCAUCCUCACUGAAAAGGUUCACUUUGGGGAGGGGAUGCAUCGGCGGGCCUUCCGGACCACGCUGAAGGAGGGUCAGGUUCCUCUGCUAGUGCCGGGUCACUCCUGUGUGCUGAAGGUGCACAACGCCAUCAGCUACGGGACCAAGAACAACGAUGAGCUAAUCCAGAGGAACUUUAGUCUGGCUGUAGAGGAGUGUCAGGUCCAAAACACAGCGAGGGAGUACAUCAAGGCCUACACCUCGGCUGCUCGGUCUGUUGAAGCCUUUGGUGACAUACCAGAGAUCAUUCCCAUCUACUUGGUUCACCGCCCAUCCAACGACAUCCCCUACGCCACACUGGAAGAGGAGCUGAUUGGUGAUUUUGUUAAAUAUUCGGUGAAAGACGGUAAAGAGAUCAACUUAAUGAGACGGGACUCAGAGGCGGGACAGAAGUGCUGCGCUUUCCAGCACUGGGUUUACCAAAAUACAGAGGGCAAUCUGCUGGUCACUGACAUGCAAGGAGUGGGCAUGAAGCUAACUGAUGUGGGAAUAGCAACCUGCAAGAAAGGGUACAAGGGAUUCAAAGGAAACUGUGCCACCUCCUUCAUUGACCAGUUCAAAGUUUUGCAUCAGUGUAACAGCUUCUGUGAGAUCCUGGGACUCAGAUCCCUUCAGCCCAAAGCUAAAAAGACCUCGGCUGCUCCAAAACCUAAAGCCCAACCCUCUGCUGUUCCCAAGAAAAAGACAUUUGGGCCAACGGCGAAGGGCAAGUCAUGAAUCUGAUGAUCCCGUUUUCUUCUAACUCCUUUUUGCACUCUUUGGACUGCAGAGAUCAUUAAAGAGGACUCGGAGAGAAGUGGCAAACAUGAUCGCGUUCUUUUACUUAAGAUAAUUACACUUGAGAGUUUGUGUCCUGUUUGCUUCAUUUAGUGAAACAUGUUAAUAUUUCAUUGGUUCAUCUGCUGUCAUGUCUUAGAAUGACUGACUGGAUGCAAGACAUUUUUUCUUUGCAGACAAUUUCUGGUUUUUCUACUUCUGUAAAUUUUUAUGAAUGUUAGUUUAUUGUGUUCACAAUCCUGUUGCUUGAUUGAUUGAUUGAUUGAUUGAUUGAUUGAUUGAUUGAUUGAUUAGUAGCUUAUUAAAGAGCCUGAUUUUAAUGUUUUAUGCAGAAAACCAAAAUGUAGAUAGGUUUUGUUGUCUUUUGUGAAACUCUGGAUGAGUCACUUUCAUAUUAAGAAACUAUCACAAGGACACUUUGCACACUUGAAAUUGUGAACGUUCAGUUUUUGGCUUUAUUUAAAGAUAAAUGUAAACAUUUCUUGUUGUAUGUUACUGACAUUUGAGCCAUUUCUAUUUAUUACAUUGACUUAAAACAUUCAACAACACUAAAAUGGGGAUCUGCUCUGGUUUAUUCUAGACCACUGGAGUGUAAACACACCAUUUUAUGUUUAGUUGUGAAAUCUCUGAGCCAAACUGAAUAUUUAAGGUUUUAACUCUGUCACUCAGCCUUUUAGGAUUGGUUGGACCUAAACACAGGAAUCAAAAAUUGGUUUUUAAUUGGUUGUUUAAAGGUAAAGGUAAAAAAUAUAUUUCAAACGAAGCUAGGUCUUUCUGUACAAUAAGUGUUCAUGGAUCAGAAUCAAAUAAAGAGCAAAUCGGGGUUUUAAAGUGAUGAAAGAAAUCAGAUUGACCAACUUUAAAUAAGCUAAACAUUUAUGAAACAUUAACAAUUGCUAGUUUAAUAUUAGCAUCAAAAAACAGACCAGUCAGUUUUCAUUUUUAUUUGUUCCCACAAACAUCAUCUCCACUAUCAAAUUAGAGCCUCACAUCCAAAAAAACGCCUGCUAUUUGCAGAAUUGAAAUCAUGUUUCAUCGUUAUUUUUGUCUUCUCCUCUCCUGCUCUCAUGUGUCGCAUGCUGUCACCAUCUUUGACGCACGAGCACACCUGUUCACACUUGGAUCAAGGAAAGCAAGGAGCUCUGAAAACAGGUGUGAGCAAAUCAGCUGCACAAACCCAGGAGUGAUGUAAUAAUCUGAUGUGGUUUUCACUCUGUAGCUAUUUAGUGUGAUAAUGGCGUUUGAUAGACAGGAAACAAACACCAUUGUCACACUCCACAGCUCUGGAGGACAGGACCUGGUGCAGGUGUGCAAGCAGAAAGCUGGUGAAUUGAUGAUCUGGACAAAGUGAAGAAACAGUAAAGUCAGAACAGAAAUUUAUGAAAAACCUCAAUAAAUCAAACACAGCAUUAGUGUGUGUGCUCAAAUAAAUAAAAAGAAGCUGGAAAACUGUAGAUAAUGUCAGUGCCAACACUUGUUAAGUUUAUCCAGCGUGUCCAAAGUCCAGUAGGGUCACUUUGUUACUGAUUGUGGGGAAGUGUGCAGCUGUUUGUGCUGCAGACAAGAGAAAAAGAGCAACUAUUAGAAAAUUUAUUCCAUAUUCUACAAAAAUAAUAAUAAAGACCAUUUCUC